GGCGUUCCCAUACGUGGCUGAGCGCGUGACGUCACUCUCAGUCAAAACAUUAAAGAUGGCGAACAUGGCGAGUGGUAUGUACCAGCAAAUGGUGGUACCCGCGCCCUACCACUUCCAUCAGCCACAGCCACAGCCCACCCCGACGGUGACACAGGAACCUGAGCCCAAGAAGGAACCCAAGAAGCGCAAGAAACCCGCGGAGAAGGCUAAUGGAGAGAAAAAGAAGCCUCGGAUCAUCGGUCAGACGGCGUACAUGGCUGGGCUGAGACUAGACUCAGGGGACGUUGGAGGGGAACAGCGGGGGGAGUGCUCAAGAUGCAAUAAGAAAAAGUGCUUUAAACACGCAGAUGCUAAAAACAAGAAUCAGAUGUCCAAAAAGACCCCAGAGGACACAGUUCUGCAGAUGAAGAAGCACAUGCUAAAGCUCCUCUCCAAUCAUGAUUACCCUACCUUCUGCAAGAAUGACCAAAAGAAUGGGCAGAUUGAUGUCGACAUCUCCAAAAUGCAUCGAUCUUAUCUGGAGGAACAUGAACCACAAGCAUUUGAACCACCUCCCAGCAAUGAUCCUAAUAGAGAAUAUAAACCUAAAGUGAAACAGUGGUUAUAUAGAAAAAUAUUUUUAGAUGAAUUCAAGACAUUUGAAUAUAAUGCAUGUAAACGUCACAUUGGAGAUCUAAGACGCAGUAUAGAGAGUGUUAUGAUCCAGAAAAAGAAAAAGGCACCUAAGCCGAAGCCUCCUGCUCCACCACCUCCACAACAGCAGCAGGUGAUGCCACAGGACUACAGUAUGAACAACCAUGCUCUCAAUAAUGGUGGACCUCAAGAUAUGAGUCGCACUGCUAUUCCUCCAGGAACUAUCAUAGCUGCAUCACCACAUCCCCCAGCAAGUACGGCACCAGGGGGCUACCAGCCCAAUCUGAUGAACCUUGGUGUUGAUACGUCGUCCACACCUGUAUCAUCAAUGGCCACAAUGGGUGCAACCUCUACACUUCAUAACUCCUUAGCUACGUACAUGACGCAGCAGGUUCAACCAAACAUACUCUUUGGUCUUGGGCAGCAACAGCAGCCACCACCAGCACAACAGCAGCCUCUCAACUUGCAAACUUCACACCAGGGACAACCAGCCAUGCAACCUCCACCUCAUCAACCUCCAGGAACAUCAGCUGCACCAACUGCUGCUCCUCCACUACCACUAAAUUUGCACAAUCCAUAUUAUGUGUCUUUGGGUCCAAUGUUGCCACUACCUAUGUCCACUCCACAACAUAACCAUCAACAGCAAUUCCAACAAAAUAUGUUGCAGCAACAGCAAGGCAUUCCUGGUGGCUUUAAUCAACAUACCAUGUACCAGUGAGGCAAGGCGGCCCCCGGCUCCACCCACUACCCGUCCCCUGUGCCAGCACAGCACCGAAAUCAAUAUUGUCCAUAUACACACAUGCCUACUAUACCUUCUUCUUACCAAUAUACCUGGUCACCAACUUCAUCUACAGCACCAAGUAAUACAUUGGCUUCUCGACAAAGUUUUCCUACAUCAUUUUCUACACAAACACAACACUCCUAUAUAGCAAAUUCUGUGCCACCACUGACAUCACAACACUUCCCACAAAAUCAUAUGUCCCGUCCACUCGGUUCUGCUAAUCAGCAUAUUUCCAACACAAGUCAGCCAUUAUAUAACCAGCAACAGUCAUAUGUGGUUGUAACUGUUACCACAGGAAAUCAGAUAAACAAUUGUAUCCAAUCUAAUUCAGUAGUUAAGCAACCACAGUCCUCUGCUUCUUCACAAACAACUACUCAUUCAUAUACAACAUCAAAUAAUACACCAACCAUGGCACAAAUGGACAUGGCAAACUUUCACACAAACACAGCACAAAAUCACUUCACAGCAAAUGCUCUUCCAGUGACUACCGCACAUGUAAAUAAGUCCACAAGCUCAGUUAAUCAACAAGUAAUCCCUCAGAAGAAUGAAACCAUUAAUCAGCACACUUAUAUUCCAAUGUAGUGGUAUGAGAAAUGUUAAUAGUUCUUCACAUGUAUAUCAGAAUCUUGAAAAAGAUAAUACUUGCUGAAAUUGACCUGGAUGCAGGUUAGGUCAAUAGACCUUGCCUGAUUUUUUCCCCCAUUUUUUCUUUUUUCCAUGUGUCUGGUAGGGUUAACGAUAGUGGCCACUUCAAUGGAGAAAUGAAGCAUUUCGGUGGGACUACGGGGCCGAGCUGUCAGUUCAAAAGUAUGCAGCUCAUGUAAACCUCAAGUGACUUUGCAAUUCAUUUAUACCAGUGUUUUUUCCAGAUUUUAUAAUCAUGAAUAAUGUACUUCUUUCUAACAAGUCCUGAAAACAAGUAUAGAUUUAGGACAACUGAGAGACAGUAUCAAGCUAGGAGUUAAAAUGUCAAAAGAAUUUCCAUUGGCAUGGGUGGGCUUGUAAAAAUCAAAGAUUUUUCUUUUUGUUAGAAAUUUUAUUUCAAAGUAGCAAGUUCAUGAUCAUAAGGUGCCCAUAAUUUGAUUAGGUAGUGACAGCAUUACCUAGGACAUGAAAUGUGUCACUAUUUAUUUCAGGUGAAAAGUAACAAUUUUAGAAUGAAAUGUGUCAAGCAAUCUCUUUGUAUGGGCUUCCUCAAAACAGGACUUUUUAAUGAAAAUUAUGAUAUUCUUGCUAUCAGUACUAAUGCUCUGUUCAAGAAAACAAGGUAAGAAACUUUUUACACUUGUCCAAUUGUCUGUGAUGAAUCCCAUAAUUUAGCAUUGGAUUUCAAAUAUGACCUUGGCCUUUUGUGGGCAUUUAGUCUUUCUUUCUGUAAAUUGAAUUCCAUAUUUGUGAUGGUAGAAUACUAUGCAGUAUCUUUAUUAUUGUAUCCUCUUAUAAUGUACUCUUUUUACUUAAACUUAUAAAUCUUAUGCAGUAGUAACUUAGUUAUAGUUACUUUCAGAUAUGUAUGUAAAUACUUGUUCUUUAGUCUGAAUGAUAACUGUGCAUACUAUUUCUUAUAUUAAAACAAUUGCUCUCUUUAUCUGCAGCUGUUCCUAAGAACAUAGAUUUUUAUCAUUUUGUUGCCAUGUUUGUGUAACCCACAAUACCACUUCAGAGCAUUCUUGCCUAAUGUAAGGCCAAGUGGUGCUUUAAAUGCACAAUGUCUGAAAAAAACAAUAUUCGAGUCUUGACAUUAUUUUAUAUCAAAAUUGUCAGGUUGUUAAAAGUGUAUGAAUAAAAACCUCAUAAAUGAGCUUGAUGUUAGAUAGUGAAUUAUUAGAGGUAUUAAUGAAAUAUGAGUGAGUAUACUUAGGUUGUAAAUUUCAAGGCUUGACUGUUAUCUCAGGCAUCAUCAGUGUACCUAACCCAGGGGCAUUGAGUCACAAACUAUUGGAUAUUGUCUAGUAUCCAAAGGGCUGAGGGACAUAACAGUAUUGGCAGCCAGUAUCACAAAUAGUCUAUAAGAAGGGCAUUGAUACAGUUUACCAAAAGUCCUUUCUUUGUUAUGUAUAUAUCUGGUGGGAGGGUUCUUUGUCUGUAAACUUUUGAUUUGCUAGGGUAUUUUACAUGUCACAAGUCUGUUUUAAAUAUAAAUAUUGAAACAUGUUAUUAAAAGUUAUGCAGAACUCCAUAUGUGGAAACAUAUCCCAAGGGAAUUUGAUGAGGAGCUGUGGUGUCAAAAUAAUUAUUUUUGUACACUAGGCUAGAGAUGUCUUGAUUGUGUAUCAGAUGGAACCAGCACAGUAUGAGAUAAAGAUGCAAGUCAGCGCUGCUUCCACCUACUACUUCAGUUAUAUUUAUGUAAUUACUUACAUAAGACAAAAACUCAUUUUCUGCUGCUCUUGCCAUUCUUGUCAUUAUUGGCUGACAAUUGAUAUUACAUAUCACAAAAACUGUUUUUUUUUUUUUUUUUUUUUUUUUUUUUUUUUUUUUUUUUUUUUUUUUAGACAUUAUUUGCUUUUGAUUAUGAUAUUAUUCAUAGCUUUUCCUCUAUUUGUACAUCUUUAUUGAAGGUUUUAUUACUGGAAAUAUUUGUUCUUCCUGUAUUUAUUCAUUUUAUUUUUUAUUAUUAUUAUUAUUAUUUUUUUUUUUUUUUGUCAUCAGAUUUGUUAUCACUACUUGACUGUAUCAUUCAUAGUACAAUCAACAUUAAUAUUAUUACAACUUUUACCAUGACUCUUGGUAUUGUUAAUGUAAUACAAAAUAGAUAAUGAAUAUUUUUGUAACACCUGUACAAAUGGAUGAUAUUUGGCCAUGUUGAUUAGUAGCAUUCAUUAGUAUUCACCAGUGAUUUAACUUAAAAUAUAUGUUGAUAUUAUUUAAUUUUCUGCCACGACUAUUAAGAAAUUUAUUUUCUCAAUAACACAAGAAUUUAUUUUUACUUAAUUGUGUUUCAUGGUCAUGUGUGUACUGUGUGAUCAUGAAUCACACUGAAUACCUGUACAAAGGAGGGCCUCCAUACAGGACUGAUGCAAAGGUUUAGUUUAACUAAAAGUGCCAGUGUCUGAUGUUACAUGUGUCUUACUUUUGAUUUGCAGUGGUUAGAAGGAUUGAAACACUUUCAAAGCAAUUUUGUGUGGCUUGCCCAUGAGUGCUAUAUGGUUGUUUAUAUUUUUCUAAUUAAUCGUAAGUACAAGUUCCAUAAGUUUGUGCUGCAGCUGUAUGUAUCAUGCAGCUAUUACUACAGACAGAAAUCUCAUCUAGAAUCUUUUUAAGGGCUGUGUAGGUUUUCAUGGCCCUCAUACAUGACUAUUACUUGUUUAGUUGAGCUGGUAACAAAUGUACAGUGACUUGCUGGCUUUCUUUUUGUAUCUGUUUUACGAGUCUUCAUUAUGAGGACAAGAAAUAGCAUUUUGAUUUACAGGUUAUCAUAUAUAAUUUUUAUAAUUUAAUUUUUUUUUCUACCAUAGACCUUUAAUCAGGCCCUAUCAGAUGCUGAUUACCUGUCACAUAGAACUGAGGCAGUCAGCAUAUUGAGAUAUUAGAAAAUUACAGAUUUGUAUCUUUUCUGAUAGUGGAUCAUAGUACACUUUGGGAGAUGAACUUCCCUUUUGAAAUCCAUGGCUCCUGAGCAUUAAAGUCUGAAUAGCUUUGGUUAUUAGGCUGUGACAUUAUUUUAGUGGGAUGGAAUAUUCACCUAAAAGAUAAGGUUACAGCAAAAGGAAAGAAUAUCUAAGUCAUUUUAUUAAUAAAUUUAAACUCAGGCAUCUUAGAGAUAUUAAAUGUACAUGUAUAAGGAACCUUUUGCCAGGUUUUUGUGUCAAUAUUAUGUCCAUACUGUGUUAACAAAAAGAGAAAAGAAAACAAGAGGCAUUGACAAACAAGAUAUUAUUAUUGGGAUCGACUUUAAGGCAUUUAAAGUAAAACUCUGUUAGCAAAUAUAUAAUAAUAUUAACUAUCUAUAUUUUUUAGAAAAUGUCAAGCUGCAGCCAUGUAUAUAAUACUAGCUUUGGGGUAUCAUAAAUGAUGAUUUUAAAUCUACUUCAGUGCUGCAUUGUUAGGACAUAAUUACAUUGAACGUUUCUAGCAACUUAAACAGUGAGGUAAAUGCCUGGAAGAACUGCAAUAAUGCCAGCAAGGAAUCUCUUCUAAUAAUGAUGUUUUUUUUUUUAACGAAUAGUAGUUAACUACUUUCAGUUCAGGCAAUUGCAAGUUGACCUUGGUUGUGAUUGAAUAAGACCCCUUUAGGCAUUCUAAGUGAUUUAAUUUUUGUUUGUGUACAUAAUGACUUGCAAUAGAUAGGACAUGAAGACUUUCAGAGAUAUGUUAUGAAAUGGUAGCUAGUAUUUUGUAGUAUCCAGUAUUGGGCAAUUAGUCUUUGAUUGCUCAACACUGUAUAUCUGCUUACCAUAUGAUUCAUAAAUAAAUGAAUCGCCACUACCUCCAAGGAAUGAGAACUGUGGUCGUUAUGAACUGUCAAAUCUCUCCUCUUCCUCUUUCUUUUCCUCUUCCUCCUCUUCCUCUUUUUUUUUUUCCAUUUUCUCUUCCUUGUUCUUUUAUUCUUUCUCUUUUCCUUUUUCUCUUCUCUCAUCUCAAUCCCAUUGUAGUAAACUUCCUGCAGCUACAGGAAGCACCCUACAGAAUGCACGGGGGAUUGUGUAACCAUUAGAUAUAAAGAUUAUAAGCAUGAUUAUUUUUCUCUCUCUUUUUUGGCAUAAAUGAAAACACUUCAGAGCUUUAUAAAUUAUUUGUUUUUAAGUUUAGCCUCAGAGCAUUGCAUUCAUCCUUCUUGGAAAAUGCUCUGCUUGAGUAAACAGGUACUGUAAAAUUUGUUUUGAAGUUUAGAAACAAUUUGUUCUUUGAGGUAUGUAAACUCAUUGUGAUUUCAGAAAGACAGUAGUGAAUGCAAAAUAUUUGCCUUUAGAUCUGAUAGUUCCUAUUUGGCCAUACAUUCCUUUUGUAUUAUGCCCUAUAUUGGCUUGCACUUUUUUUUCCUCUCUCCAGAUAAAAGAAUAGUUUAUUUCAUGAGGAUCACAAAAUUAGGAUGUGUUUGCCAUACAUUGUGGCAGCUUAUAUAUAAACAACAUUUUAUGUUGCUCAUUAGGUACUGCACUGGAGCUGUGUAUCUAUUUUUAUUGACUAUUUUCCAAUACGAAGUAUGCAGGGUGACCAUACUGCAGCUUAUAUGUAUAUAGUGUAAUUAGGUCACUGUAUUUUUUAUAUGAUUUUCGUGUAUAUUUAUAUAUGAUGUAGCUUCCGCCAAUAAUAUAACUUGCUUGGAAGUGCGUCUGGGCUGGAGACCAAGAGUGAUAGCUAUACCUGCAAGUUACCUCUGGCAGUUAUCUUCCACUGUAGCACACACAUGUCUUCUACCAUUGUAGAGGAUUGGUGCUCUCACAAUACCCUGUUGAAGGAAAUUUCCCUCCAGGCAAUGAUUGAUUGCAUAGCUCUGAUUAUAAGGAGUGUGAAAGGAGUUUUGCAAUAAGGUAAAAUGACUAUUUACAAAUAUAUAUAUAUAUAUACAUAUAUAUUGUAUAUAUUCUGUCAAGUGAUGGAGUUUUGUAAUGGCACCAAAGUGGAUACCUGUGUAUAUGCAUUAUUCUUUAGAUUAUAAAUGAUUUAUUAUUUUCAUUGUGCCAAUGUAAUGUUAAAUUACUGUAAUGCUCUAGGUGUGUAUGGUGCUGCAAAAGAUGUAAUGCCACUUGAUAGAAGGGCAAUCACGAUCUGCCUCGGCCUGGACUUGUACCUGUAUAUAUUAUUCCCAGUCAAAUAUAUUAACUAACAUUUGAAUAAGGGCCGUAAUUAAAUACGGAGGAUUGUAGCCUUCUAACUUCUAAAUGAUGGUGAUGGAUGGAGGUUCAUUAAUGACUUUGACACGUUUGAUUAUUAGAAUUUAACUUGUUAUAACCAUUGGUCAUUAAUUUUCUUACAUCCAUACCACUCAAUAGGUAGAUGCAGUCUUUUAAGAUAACAAAUGGAGAGUGAACAUGUAUUCUAUGCUGCUUUGGUAUGUAAUAUAAAAAAUGUGGAACUAAGUUUAGGAUACAAGUAUGUAUGCCAUAAAUAUUUGUUUUUAAUUUCGUAAUAAAAAUCUAUGAAUA